UCUUCUCGUUUCUUAUUUAUUUUGUCAUUUAAAAAACAAAAAUACAAACAAUCUGUGAGUCACUAAAAAACACACAUUAAUGGGCGUAACAAUGCAUGUAAAAUCCGAUUCCGAUGCAACAAGCGUGGAAGCACUCACACCACCCCGAUCACCACGCCGCCCACUCUACUACGUCCAAAGCCCAUCUAACCAUGACGCCAAUGACAAAAUGUCAUUCGGGUCAAGCCCCUUUGGGUCACCGGGUCACCCAACCCAUUACCAUUGUUCACCAAUCCAUCAUUCUCGUGAAUCUUCUACUUCUAGAACUUUUUCAGCUUCUAUUAAAAACGCUAUCGUUAAGGCUAACCAUCAUGGUGGACACGGUGGCAGGGAUGUGUCUCCUUGGAAGAGAAUUGAAGAUGAUGAUGACGACGUGGAUGGUGGUGAUGGUGAUGACGUGGUUCCGUUUAGGUUUUAUGUGUUGUGGUUUGUGUUGUCGUUUGUGAUUUUGUUUAGUAUCUUUUCUUUGAUUUUGUGGGCUGCCAGUGUUUCUUACAAACCAAAGGUUUUUGUCAAGAGCAUGAUGUUUGACAACUUUAAUGUGCAAUCUGGGAUGGAUGCAACAGGAGUACCAACGGAUAUGUUGACUUUGAAUACAACGGUCAAGGUUUUUUACCGGAAUCCGGCGACUUUUUUCGGUGUCCAUGUGACUGUUAGUCCUAUUGAAAUCCAUUAUUUUCAACUCAAGCUUGCUUCUGGCCAUGUGAGGAAGUUUUACCAAUCAAGAAAGAGUGAAAGAUUGAUCGUUGCACAUGUUUUAGGGUGUCAAAUGCCACUAUAUGGUGGGGUGUCGCCUUUCAAUGCCGCUAUCGGCCAUCUCAAGAAUGUAAUAGUUCCUGUUAAUAUGACAUUCAAGAUGAGGUCAAGAGCAUACAUCUUAGGGAAGUUGGUGAAACCCAAAUUCUACAAAAAUGUUUUGUGCCAGGUCACAUUACGAGGUAACCAAAUUGGCAAACAUGUCAACCUGACUGAUUCUUGCAUUUAUCGUGAUUAAUUCAUGGAAGUAUUUGCAUAUUAUGUCUGGGUAGGUAACACAAGUACAUAAUUGAAAUGUCAAGCUAUAUGGAUUGGUGCUAUUUGUAAUGAUUCAUGAAA